AUGAGCAGGGUGCGGAGUUCCCGCAGUCUCUUUUCACAUCAUGCAGUACUGUCUUGGCUACUGCUCGUACUACUAGGGAUCAACAAUGCGAUGUCAGAACUUGAAGAACGCCAGACAUACAUCAUUCAUAUGGACCAUUCCUACAAGCCUGAUUCCUUCUCAACUCAUGAAUCAUGGCACCUUUCUACUCUAAAAUCAGUGUCAACAUCUCCAGUCAACCACAAAGAAAUGUUGCUCUACUCCUAUAGUCAUGUGAUGCAAGGUUUCAGUGCCAGACUCACACCUUCUGAACUAUCGCAAUUGGAGAAGUCUCCAGCUCAUCGUGCCACAUAUCGGGAGACGUUUGGCAAGCUCUUCACCACCCACACCACUAAGUUCCUUGGGCUAAAACCCAACUCUGGCAUAUGGCCUGCAGCAUCAUAUGGUGACGGUGUGAUCAUUGGAAUAAUUGACACUGGAAUUUGGCCAGAAAGCAGGAGCUUUAGCGACAAAGGGAUGUCACCAGUGCCGGAGAGAUGGAAGGGCCAGUGUGAGUCUGGAACGGCAUUUUCCCAAUCUUGUUGCAACAGGAAGCUCGUUGGUGCUCGAUCUUUUAGCAAAGGCCUCAUAGCAGCAGGCCGAAAUAUCUCCACGGAGCUUGACUUUGACUCAGCACGAGACAAUGUUGGUCAUGGCACCCACACCUCAUCCACGGCUGCAGGUAACUACGUACUUGGUGCAAGUCAUUUUGGAUAUGCUGGGGGUAACGCCAGAGGGGUGGCACCACGAGCGCAUCUUGCCAUGUACAAGGUCCUCUGGGCAACAGAUACAUAUGAGAGUGCAGCUACUGAUGUGCUUGCUGGCAUGGACCAAGCAAUAGUUGAUGGGGUUGAUAUCAUGUCAUUGUCUCUUGGCUUUGACCAAACACCUUAUUUCAGCGAUGUCAUCGCCAUUGCUUCUCUUUCCGCAAUUGAGCAAGGAAUUUUAGUUGUCUGUGCUACUGGGAAUGAUGGUGUGACAAGUAGUACACACAACGGAGCACCUUGGAUCAUGACAGUAGGAGCUGGCACCAUUGAUCGGAGCUUCGUGGCAACAAUGACUCUUGGAAAUGGCUUAGUAGUGGAAGGGACAUCAUACUUCCCACAGAGCAUUUACAUUACUAAUGCACCUCUGUACUACGGAAGAGGGGAUGCAAACAAAGAGACAUGCAAGCUUUCAGCUUUGGAUUCAAAUGAGGUAGCUGGAAAGGUAGUCCUCUGUGACAGUACAGAGACUGAUGUUUAUACACAGAUACAGGAGGUUGAAAGUGCAGGUGCAUAUGCGGGCAUCUUCAUUACCGAUAAUCUGUUGUUAGAUCCAGAUGAGUACUCCAUUCCUAGCCUGGUUCUGCCAACUAAUUCUGGGACUUCAGUCCUGGAGUACGUAACAGGAAUGAGUAAUGCAACAGUGAAGGCCCUAAGGUUCGUGUCAACGAAGUUGGGUACAAAGCCAGCACCUCAAGUGGCUUAUUUCUCUUCUAGAGGACCCGACCCAAUUAGUCCGGGUGUUCUGAAACCAGAUAUUCUUGCUCCUGGAGUGGAUGUAUUGGCAGCAGUUGCACCCAACGUGCCAUUCAUGCAAAUUGGUGACUAUGAUUUGGUGACAGAUUAUGCACUAUUCUCCGGCACAUCAAUGGCAGCACCUCAUGUUGCUGGAGUUGCAGCAUUGUUGAAGGCUGUCCACGGUGAUUGGAGCCCAGCAGCCAUCCGAUCAGCCAUCAUGACUACCGCAAAUACCAUAGACAAUAUUGGCUCUGCUUUUAGAGACCAAUGGACAGGACUUCCCGCUUCUCCUCUAGAUUUUGGCGCUGGCCAUAUCAAUCCCAACAAAGCCAUGGAUCCUGGACUCAUCUUCGACAUGGAUUUGCAAGAUUAUGUUGAGUUCUUAUGCGGCCUUGGCUACACUAGGAAGCAGAUGAGUGCCAUCCUCAGACGCAACCAAUGGAACUGCAGUGGGAAACCUAAUGACCUCAAUUAUCCUUCAUUUGUGGCCAUAUUUACUAAAGGAGCAGAGUCUCCAAAAGUAAGGAACUUCAGCAGGGUACUGACAAACGUGGGGAAUGAUACAGCAACUUACCAGGCAGUUGUAGAGGUUCCUACUGGAAUGAGAAUCAAAACAGAGCCCAGUAUUCUCACAUUCACUAGCAAAUACCAGAAGCAAGGUUUCGUCGUGACCGUAGAGAUUGAUGCAGAUGCUCCCAGUGUCACCUAUGGUUAUCUGAAAUGGAUUGAUCAACACAAGCACACUGUAUCAAGCCCCAUAGUGGCCGUCUAUAAUAAGUGA